CUGGACGCGAGAGCUACACAAGUGCUGCUGUGGACCCCCUAUUUACAGCAAACUCCUAAGUUACAAGACGGUGUCACAACAGAAAGGCAUCUCCGCGUCCACUGCCUUAAAACUAUUGAAUACCACCGUGAUAUUCAAAGUGCUUCAGCCCGAUGCUGAACCAUGCCCGUUUGGUCGAUCGGUGUUUCCCUAGCAACUGGAUCAAGAAGUUCUAUGAAGAAGCAGUCAAAGACAAGUGGAGGACCUUCAUCACGUCGGCGGGUUGAAGGUUUCUGUAUGAACAUUAAGGUACAGUUGUUUGACUCUAUAGCGCGCAAAUGUUGGUCCUCCUCUGUUUAUAAUCAGGGAAGAGAAGGAUCAGGGGAGAUCCGUUGUCGCUUCACAGAUGUUAACAACAUCUGCCACUCACUGCUUCUCUCAAGCUGGUGUGUCAAGGCACCUGUGAUCUAAACAUUUUCGGAUGUCAGCCUCGAAGACUGUUGCCUAAAGUGAAAGGGGUUGCAGUGCAUCGCGUGAGGGCAGCAUUGUUAGGGCGUAGCUUCACCCCCUGUCUCAGGCAUCGGUAUUCCACUCCCUGUUGACCACGGUGCAAUCUUGAGUCUGCGUGAAGAUUUGCUCACUGUAAGCGCUAGAGCUUCGGAUUCCAGUUGGUUCACCGCCAGUCAUGCAAAUAACUUUAAUGAAAAUGCUACAGUCGGCAACUGAAAUUAAACGCGUGACCCCCGCGUCGCCUGCGCUCUCGCGGAUAAUGCCACAGUUUAGAAACGCGUCGCCAGUGAUGAACACUUUCCAGCAAAACACUGUUCAGUAUAAUCCCGGGCACACGUGAUCACCAAAUCACCACUGUAACAAUAUUUCACAUUUAUUCUGGGGGGAAGGGGGGGGGAAGCAGGAAUAGUCGUGUCUUUUGCAAGAUAGCUAUUUCAAAAACAGUUACGUUAGUGCGUUUUGCAACUAUCUCCAUUCAUUUAAGCAUCUGCAGAGCGCACGCACACCUGCUAACUUUCUCUUCUCGUAUUGGUUUGGGGAAAUACUAUACAAUAAAGCACAGGCGAUAGAGCGGAGAGGUCUGGAUUGAUGGGAUUUCUCCACUAUCCUCUGCCUAUUGCAUGCUCAGCGAGUUGAAAGUGUCUCGUUUUCAACCGCCUCCUCACGACCGCCUUAGAACAUACUGCAGCAAUAGGUAUAAUAUUGAAAAGGAGCAUCAAAUGUCGAAGAAACGAAAAACUCCUGAUGAUGAAGGAGGCAUCGCUAACGCAGAAGGCUCAUCGCACGCGGAAGGUAGCGACCAAGGUCUGACGGACGAGAAAGUCAAGGCCUACCUUUCCCUCCACCCCCAGAUGCUGGAUGAGUUUGUGUCGGAGAGCGUAAGCACGGACACCGUGGACAGAUGGCUGAAGAGGAAGAACAGCAGCCGCCCAGGAGAUGACCCGGGCACUAAAGAAGUCAGCAGGCAGUACCAGGACACGAACAUGCAGGGCGUGGUGUACGAGCUCAACAGCUAUAUGGAGCAGCGUCUAGACACGGGGGGAGACAACAAGCUGCUUCUCUAUGAGCUGUGCAACAUCAUCAAGACUGCCACAAAAGCUGAUAGUUUUGCACUUUACUUUCUGGGAGAAUGCAACAAUAGUUUGUGUCUGUUCACCCCUACGGGGGCGAAGGAGGGUCUUCCGGGACUCAUCCCCUCGGGCCCAAUCGCCUUUGGGACCACCAUCGCCGCUCACGUUGCCAAAACACGCAAAACGCUGCUGGUGGAGGAUAUCCUGGGGGACGAGCGGUUCCCCCACGGCACCGGGCAGGGCUCAGGGAUCCGCGUGCACUCUGUCCUUUGUUUACCCAUCCUCACUGCCAUCGGGGACCUGAUCGCCAUCUUGGAGCUGCACCGUCACUGGGGGAAGGAGCCGUUCAACCUCAGCCAUCAGGAGGUUGCCACAGCAAAUUUAGCAUGGGCUUCUGUGGCCAUUCACCAAGUGCAGGUCUGCAGAGGUCUGGCCAAACAGACAGAAUUGAAUGACUUCCUGCUGGAUGUAUCAAAGACAUACUUUGACAACAUUGUGGCAAUAGACUCUCUACUUGAACAUAUUAUGAUAUAUGCAAAGAACCUGGUGAACGCAGACCGCUGCGCCCUCUUCCAGGUGGACCACAAUAAUAAAGAGCUGUAUUCGGACCUGUUUGACAUCGGCGAGGAGAACGAAGGGAAGCCUGUGUUUAGGAAGACCAAAGAAAUCAGGUUUUCAAUAGAGAAAGGAAUAGCGGGUCAGGUAGCAAGAACAGGAGAGGUCCUGAACAUCCCUGACGCCUAUGCAGACCCACGUUUCAACAGAGAAGUUGACCUGUACACUGGCUACACCACACGGAACAUCUUAUGCAUGCCUAUCGUCAGUCGGGGGAUGGUGAUAGGCGUCGUGCAGAUGGUGAACAAGCUGAGCGGAAGUGCCUUCACGAAGACCGACGAGAACAACUUCAAGAUGUUCGCCGUCUUUUGCGCCCUGGCCUUACACUGUGCAAAUAUGUACCACCGGAUCAGGCAUUCCGAGUGCAUCUACAGAGUGACCAUGGAGAAGCUGUCCUACCAUAGCAUUUGCACCUCGGAGGAGUGGAAGACCCUCACACAGCUGUCGAUGCCCACACCCAUGUACAAAGAGAUCGAGCUCUUCCACUUCGACAUCAGUCCCUUUGAAGAGCUCUGGCCAGCUGUCUUCGUGUACAUGGUGCACAGCUCCUGUGGGAAGAACAGUUUUGAGCUGGAGAAACUCUGCCGCUUCACCAUGUCUGUGCGAAAGAAUUACCGGCGUGUCCCCUACCACAACUGGAAGCAUGCAGUGACGGUGGCACACUGCAUGUACGCCAUACUGCAGAAGAACUCCGGAAUCUUCACUGAGCUGGAGCGGAAGGGUCUCCUAGUUGCCUGCUUGUGUCACGACCUCGAUCACCGUGGAUACAGCAACAGCUACCUGCAGAAGUUCGACCACCCCCUGGCAGCCCUGUACUCCACCUCCACCAUGGAGCAGCAUCACUUCUCCCAGACGGUGUCCAUCCUGCAGCUGGAAGGGCACAAUAUUUUCUCCAACCUGACUUCCAGUGAGUAUGAGCAGGUGCUGGAGAUCAUCCGUAAGGCCAUCAUAGCGACUGACUUAGCCCUGUACUUUGGUAACCGGAAGCAGUUGGAAGAGCUGCUGACCACAGGCGCAUUGGACCUCAACAACCAUGCUCACAGAGAUCGCGUGAUUGGGUUGAUGAUGACAGCGUGUGACCUCUGUUCUGUUACCAAGCUGUGGCCCGUCACACGACUCACGGCCAAUGAUAUUUAUGCAGAGUUCUGGGCUGAGGGUGAUGAAAUGAAGAAGAUUGGAAUGCAGCCCAUACCCAUGAUGGACAGGGACAAAAAGGACGAGGUGCCUCAGGGACAGGUGGGCUUCUACAACGCUGUGGCCAUCCCAUGCUACACCACCCUAACUCAGCUCUUUCCUCCAGCUACUCCUCUCCUGAGGGCAUGCAGGGAAAACCUUGGCCAGUGGGAGAAGAUCGUAAGAGGAGAGGAGGCCUCGUCGUGGGAUCCUGCGUGGGAGUCAGCAGAGUCCAGCCCAGAGUGCGAGUCAGCCAGUGCCGGCCCGGUGAAGGUGGACAAUUGACCGGCUCCCUCCGACUGCCCCCCUCCCCCCCCAAGCAGCGUGCAAACCAGGGCCUGUCCAGAGACUCUGCAGCUCCAGUGUGAAGCGCCCACUUCCUGCCGUGAAAGGAAGUGAGGCGGAGCACCAGCAGGUGACGUUUGCUAGAGGACAGCACAGCGUAACGUGACCUCGCUGGUGGGACGCAGAUGCCCGGACUGUCCUUUCACACCCUGUAGUCGACACGGUAGAUUUCAGGGUGUCAAGCUGGGCCUGUUACCCCGUCACCCGAAAACUGCUUGAGGAUCACUUGGUGAACUGGACUGUUUCACUUUCUUUAGUGUCCUUUUUCUUUUCUUUUCAGAUCAAUUUCAGCUUUUUUUUUUUGCUGUUCUAUUUUCUGUGGCCUUAAUUCUGAACCCUUUGCGAGGCAGGAGUUCGACAUUGUAAGUUUGAACAGUUUAGUUUUUGAAAUGGUACAUAAUUCUCCUUUUCCAACUUAUGGUAGCCUUGUUGCACGCAAAGGUAAUGAGACGUAUGGAUUUUUUUAAUGAGAUAAGAUGCAUGAUAUGACCCCUGAGUUGCUGCUCUGGGGGGGUCUUGCUUAUUGUCCUUUGUUACUAUGGGAAAAGGUCCUUUAAGAGUACUUGAAUGAAACAGCCUAUUUUAACACAGAUGGCAAAAAAGAAACUUCACACUGCCCCUGACUAAGAUGGAGCCAGAUAACCCUGUUCCUUUGGAGUCACACGAAAGUCACAUUACUCCUGACCAAGCCGCCUAGCCCUCAAGGACCCUUCUGUACAAGUUGGCUUCUGAUCGUCUGAGCGACAGAAACCUUGGGCGACGUCUUCCUUUUAAGAUGGAUCUCAAUCCGAAAAAAGGGGGUGUUACUGGGGGUGUUCUGGCAUGAUGAGUGAAGUAGAGGCAAAUUAAAAGCCAGAAGUGGGCAAGGAGAUGCAGCCUCUUCUCCGGGCGAGUAUAGAGGUUAUACUCCGGGCGAGUAUCGAGGCUAUACUCUGGAGGAGUAUCGAGGCUAUACUCUCAUCACUGUUUGUGUUUUGAUUCAAAAAUGGGUUUUCCGAUUUAAAAAAAAAAAAAAAAAGUACUGAAAAGUACUGAAUAAAUAAGUGCAAGAGAUGUACUCCAUUUUAAGUAGGUCCUUCCGAAACGUUCAAGUGACUUAAGCUAACGAAUCAUUUCAUAUGUACCAAAAGCUGAUAUUUAAGUGCAGAGAUUGCACUGAGGCUGAGGAAGCCCUCACCACCUAGGCUUUCCUGCCCAGUCAAACUCCAAGCAUUAUAGUAUUGUCGUCGUGAGGAUUGCCCAAGUCCUUUUGCCCCAGUCGUACUCUCACCCCCCAGCCUCCAUCCUUGUGGAGUAUAUGCAAACGCAAGAUUCCUGCAGGAGUUCACAGCGAACAAACAUCGACAGCAAAUCUAUUCCAGCCCGUUUCUGCGGAACUCGAUCAGUGGGUAGCGGAUGUGCCUGUUGGCAGGAUACCAAAACAGAGGAGAGCAAAGGUGGCUUUCGUCAGCGCUCAGGCACAGACGCUGGUUCGGUGGCACAGAUCUGGGGGCUGUCGCUCACGUGACCUGAGGCAUUUACCAGUCUGUCAGCAGCAGGGCAGGAACCGACCACAUGUCUCACCGGCGUUGGGGUCUGGUGGGGGU